AUCAAAAUUCAUCAAAGACAACAUGAAUAGAUUCCUCUACGGUCUUAGUACGCUUGUUGAACACUCUAUAUGCCUUACUACGAAGAGAAUAACCUAAGAAAAUUCCUUCAUCCGACUUAGCAUCAAAUUUUCCCAAGUUAUCUUUUCCAUUAUUAUGAAUGAAAACUUUACAUCCAAAGACAUGAAAAUAGGAAAGAGAAUUAUCAAGAAUGGGGAAGAAGUACCCAUGAAGAAAGUUGGGGAAACCACCGUUCCCAAAACCGAAGAUGAAUACGAUGCGCAGGAUAUCAAGAAAAUAGAGAACAACGCCAAGGCGAUCAACAUUCUUAAUUGUGCAGUAAACCCGGAUGACUACCGGAAGAUCUCUUGUUGUUCCACCGCCAAGGAAAUGUGGGACAAGCUAGAAAUCACAUAUGAAGGUACGGAUCAAGUCCGAGAAGCUAAAAUAGAUUUUCUAACCCAUGAGUAUGAACUAUUUCAUAUGAAGGAGAACGAGAAAAUCGACGAUAUGUUUGAACGAUUUUCAAAAAUCGUAAACGAUCUUCAUGCUCUCAAGAAGACAUAUACGGACAAGGAGCUUGUAAGAAAAAUCCUGCGGAGUCUCACACCGGAAUGGCGCUCCAAAGCCGAUGCUAUCCAAGAAUCCAUCGGCAUCACCAGUGUCACCAUUGACGGACUUAGAGGAGGUCAAAGAAAAAGAUCCCGCACCGGCAAGAACGUGGCUUCUUCCUCGGCUCCUCCACCACCGGCGCACAAGUACCUCGACGGGUCGUUCCUUUGGUUCAACGACCAAGUAGAGGCGACGCGGUUCUCGGAGAAAUUUGAGCACCGGGAGAUUCUCCCUCCCCGAUUCUCCACCGCCCGCUUCAUUCAUGACUCCAUUCCACGUGAGGCACGGAUUAUCCUUGAACGUGGAAACUUCCUUGAUCUCCUCUACAUCAAGAAGGUCAACUAUCAACCCUUUCUUGUUCGAGCUUUCUACUCGAACUUGAAAAAGGAUGAGGAUGGAGCAUUGAUCUCUAACGUCAACGGGGUGGACAUCUAUUUGAAUGAGGAAAACAUUCAAAUCCUCACCGGGCUUCGUCGGGAUGGACAGGAUCUCGGGCUCUACGUUGGAGAAGAAGGAGCACGGUUCAACGAGACCGCUCUCUUGGAGGAAGUGGGCAUCCGACACUUCGUACCCACUCCCCAACAGCGGCGCCCUACGAUUGCUUCCAUGAGCCCCGUGUUUCGAUUCAUUUUUUAUGUUUUGACACGGAUUCUCAAGCCCAGGAAGUUCAAUCACACCACUCUCUCCCAGGAGGACACAAAGACAAGUCAUGCGAUGAUUCACAACGCCAAUCUCAAUUGGUGUAAAUUUGUGAUGACUCACAUGUUCACGGCCACCUCUGACAAUCGGCCGCUCCCCUACGCCCUCCUUGUCAUGGCGAUUCUUGAAGAAUAUAACAUCAAAACCGAUGUUGGGCCAAAGAAAAAGGGGACAAAGCAUUGGGAGAUUGAUGAAUCCUCCUUCCACUCGGGCACCGACGAGACUCCGUUUCGACAGCCUCGUCCACGCCGCCAACCGAGAGCCACUACCUCAGCCGCCACCACUUCGACCAAUCCUUCUCUUGCCGAGCAAAUGGCAGCCUUAACCGCCACUCUCUCUCGGAUUGACACCAACAUCUCCAAAACGGCACACAAUGUCAAUACCUUGAGCCGUGAACUUCACGGGUAUUUUGACUUUGUCAAUUACCCGUACGCUCAAAUGGUCCCUUACUUUCCUCCACCGAAUUUUGAAGGUGAACAAAGUGGGACUCAAAACGUUGGUAGAGAUGACGAGGUGGACGAUGAAGAAGAAGACGAAGAAGAAGAAGAAGAUGAUGAUGAUGAUGAUGCUGAUGAUGAUGAUGAUGGCGAUGAUGAUGAAGAUGACGAAGAAGAAGAAGACAUUGACGAAGAACAACCUCUCAAUGAUCUUUCCCCGGAUUUCUAGAGCUCUAGCUCUACUUUCUUCUCUUCCUUAUUUUAUCAUCUUUUCAUAUGCUUUCGUUAUGUACUCCGCUAUUUCCCUUAAUUAAUUAAUAAAAAUCUUUAUGAUUU